UACUCCUGGGUGUUGAUGUCACUUCUUCAUCCAGUUCUGGUGGCCCACUCCGGACUGUCAGCUGGGAGGCCCAGGGUGGCCUCGGUGCUCGGUGCUCUUGUCUCCUUUUUGGAAAUCCUCUUGCAGGCCAGAAGAAUGUUUGAGGGGGAGAUGGCGAGUCUGACUGCCAUCCUGGAGACGGGCACAGUGAGGGUGCCCAAGCCCAUCAAGGUCCUGGAGGCCCCGGGGGGUGGCAGCGUGCUGGUGAUGGAGCAUCUGGACAUGCAGAGCCUGAGUAGUCACGCUGCCAAGCUUGGAGCCCAGCUGGCGGACCUGCACCUGGAGAACAGGAGGCGUGGGGAGGCCCUCCGCAAGGAGGCCGGCACAGUGGGGAAGGGAGCUGAGCGGGUGGAGCGGCCAUUUGUGGACCAGUUUGGGUUCGAUGUGGUGACAUGCUGCGGAUACCUCCCCCAGGUGAACGACUGGCAGCAGGACUGGGUCACGUUCUACGCCCGGCAGCGCAUCCAGCCCCAGAUAGACAUGCUGGAGCGGGGGUCUGGGGACAGGGAGGCCCGUGAGCUCUGGUCUGCUCUGCAGCUCAAGAUCCCCGACCUGUUCCGUGACCUGGACAUCGUCCCAGCCCUGCUCCACGGAGACCUCUGGGGAGGAAACGUGGCAGAGGAUGCCUCGGGACCCAUCAUUUUUGACCCGGCCUCUUUCUACGGCCACUCAGAGUACGAGCUGGCCAUUGCUGGCAUGUUUGGGGGCUUCAGCAGCAACUUCUACUCCGCCUACCACCGCCAAAUCCCCCAGGCCCCUGGCUUCCAGCAGCGCCUCCAGCUGUACCAGCUCUUUCACUACCUGAACCACUGGAACCACUUCGGGUCAGGGUACCGAGGCUCCUCCCUCAGCAUCAUGAGGAAUCUUGUCCGAUGAGCUGUGUCGCGUGAGGGAGGCUUCGUCCUAGGUCCCACAAGAUUCCUCUGCUGGCCUCGCGCUCCCGUGCAGCCCCUUUCGGGGACCUGCCCUCUCCUCACCCCCGGGGAGCUUCAGACCAUGUGCCAGGUCUUGUGGAGCACGGACCAGCCCAGAAGGGUCUUGUCCCCGGAGGGUGCAUUUCAGUAGGCUUCGUAGCUGUAUGAAACUGCCCUAGAACUUUGGCGUGAACACAGGGACCCAUGGAGCGUGGGCCCGACCCCCAUGCAACUGCCCUGCAGGCGGGGGUGGGGGGGCGUGUCUCCUAUCCGGGAGGGACUGCUGUUCUGGCUUCUCGAUGGGGCAGACAGGCCUGGACGGGAAGCCAUGGGAGCCUUGAGAGGACCAGUCCCGGGCACAUUCCCUUUCCUUUGGGUUCUGGGAGGGACCAAACCGCUAGCCUCAGGGUGUCCCUGAUAAGUUUAGGAGCUGUCAGCAGCCCUUCAAGGGCGACCUCUAAAGCUUGUGAAUUGUCAUCUUAGAAACCAUCGCUAAGCCAGCGUGUUUCCUGCCACCGGUCUUGCGGUAGUGAGACGUAUCCAUGAAUGGCAGUGAUGCUUAUAAAUCCUUUUGCAUAAACAUUUGAGUAAAGUUUUAGUGGUUUCAGUGAUUCAUGAGACUGUAUUUCCCUCAUUUAAAUCAUGAUUCAAUGUGUAUCUUAGCUGUUUGCCAAGAAACCUUUAUAACAUGUUGUGACGACACAUGGGUUCAGCUGCUUUUCUAGGCCUUAUUCAACAGACUGGUGGGGGGGUCUUCAGGGUCCGAGCAGCGGUGGCCUGAGGACUGGCUGCUGCCUGACUCGGGUCCAGUCGAACUGCUGUCCUGUCGCCGUGAGAGCUGGUCAACGGGAACGGAGGUUGAAGGUGACUGUGGAAUUCCAUUUCAGGCAAGAAGCAGAUUGGUGGCCACCUUCUGGUUCUGGCUUAAGACUUGGAGAAUGCCAGUGUCAGAGGGGACACAGUGUCUCAGCGGGGCGGGCCUGGGAGGCUGCAUUCGUUUCUCCCUGUUUCUGUUCGCAGGUCAGGGCCCCUCGGUGGGAUUCAGAAGCGGAGCUGGUGCCUUCAGAGUUCUGGCUUUUGUAGGGAGGAAGAGAGGACUAUGACAUUUAAAAAAAUCAUUUUAAUCCCUACCUUUUUAAAAUUACUCUCACUUUUUUAAUGUAGAAAAGCAAUUUAUUCCAUAAUAAGCACUUACACAGUUCGUCAUGGAGAGUAACAGGCCUGCUAGUGAAACAGGUCACCCAGAAUAAGAGUAUUGAACUAGUGGUCAAGGACUGACUCC